CUUUCCGGCGGAAGCUGCAGACGGCGAGAAUUGCAGCGGCAAACCCUAAACACACACUGGGUUGAAAAGAGCUUCUCUUAUUCAGCGUUACGUGUCCUCUUGAACACAGACAUGUAUCGCCCGGGUGAACCUGUUCGCCAGGUGCCUCCACCGCUGCCGUUCGGACCUCCACCGCCUCACGGCCCUCCUUUUAGACCCACAGGGCCCUGCUCUGUUCCUCCUCCUGGACACUUACCCCCCAGGCCCUGUGGACCAUAUCCGGUCGCGGCACGAGAUUAUCUCCACAACAGACCGCCGAGUGGGCAUUUCGUUCGUCCCCACUGUAGCAGCUUCUCCAUAGACCGUAGUACACCAAUUGCUUUGGGAGGAAGCCAGCAGAUUGUUACUCCUGCUGAACCAUCAACACAUCCGGUACCACAGUGGAAUCCCCCUCCAGUGGAACGUCAUUCUUUAGAUAAUAGUGACCGUGCUGGUGAGGAAUUCCUGAGAUGCAUUGCAGCCAACAAACCUCUCCCAAACUAUCUGAAAGGCAACAUGGCAUACAACCUGGCUGACGCAUUUAAGUCAGCUAGUAUCUUGAAAGAAGCAGUCAAAUCAGACCGUGAAUUCCAGAAGCAUGUGCCUAGAAGCAAGAGCCGUAGUCGAAGCAGAAGCCGAGGCAGGUCUCGAGCCAGGAGUCGCGGUCGAAGCAAAAGCAGAGUACGCAGCCGAAGCAGGGGAAGAAGCAAAACUCAAGCCUGUGGGAAGAGUCGAGCUAGAAGCAAAAGUAGGGCUCGCAGUAGGAGUCGGAGCAACAGUCGAAGUGAGAAAAAAAGUCAUGUACGGAGCAAGAGUCGAGCAAGGCGAUCCAAGUCACGAAGUAGCAGCAGUGAAAAGAGCCGAGGCAAAGGCAAAAAGAAAAACAGGAGCCCCGAACUCAUCACUGUCAACAGCAGUAAUAAUCUGCCAGGAAAUAGUCUAUUAGAAGGAUUGAAGCUGGUUAUGAGCAGCCAAGAUUUGGAAGAUCACCUGCCAUCUCUCAAAGAUAUCAUCCUCACUAUUAAGGCUCCAGAUGAGGGCAAAAAAGUUGAGUGUGUAUCUAAUGAGCCUACACACAUGGAACAUGACAGUCAAGACAGUUUAUCAAUGCUGGAAAAGGAAAGCAUGCUGCUUCCACAUGAAAGAGUUGGUGGUGAUUUCUCAUGGCUUCAAGGACAAAGUCAAGAAGAUGCUGCAUACCAGAAAGCUAAUGAACUUGAAGAUGAAGAGUCUUUCUUGUAUGGGAAUGAACCAGCUUCCCAGAUUAAUGAAAAGGCCAAACUACAGAAAGAGAGUAGUUCCCUUUCCACUCGUUGUGGACAUCUUCUUGAUCCAAAUCAGUCCCUGCAGUUGGCUUCUUCAACUUUAGUCCACUCCAAUCUGGACAACAUGGAAUAUGAGAAAAUCAAGACCAUAUUAAAAAGCCUGGGUUCAUCAAGUGAGAUCAAGGUGAAGACGCAGGGUCAGAAUGAGCAGGAGUCAUCUCCUACACUUGUCAAUUCAGACAAAGCAGCAGCAACUUUAGCAUUGCCAGCACUCAAUAACCCAAAUGUACGUCAGGCUCUGGAGUCUCUGCAAUCUCUGAUCAAAGCUACAAAGGAGAAACGAACAAAAAGUGACUGCGCAUCUCAAGUAUCUGAUAAACAUAAGGAGGGUGACAGUGAGGAAAGGAAGAGAGAGAAACAAGAGAAAGUAAAUAAAAUGGAGUCUUUGGCCAAAGAACUGGAUGAACUGUUAAAACAAGAUGGACUGGGUUUUAUAACUCCAGUUACUGGCUUUUACUGCCAGAACUGUGAGGAGUUCAUUGGAGAUUUGAAGUCUGCUGAAAACCAUGCAGCUAUCCGCCACCAUAGUAACUUUAUUGUGAGUACCCAUUGUACAUAA